UCUCAAGAUAACGGAUUGAGGUGGCAAUGACAAAAUGUGGAUCAAACCUUCCUGCACAGUCGGUUCUUUUUAAGUAUUUCUUGCAGGAAGCAAAUGAUGAUAUACCCAGAUCAUAAUUAAAUACCACCCGCUUAGCCUCAAGUAUUGCAUUGAUAAUAGAUCAACGAGAUUCUUACACAGCAAGCCUACAAUACUACUAUGAUCAUUGAACUAUUUUUUGCCAGACUCUGCCUGUUCCCCUAAAGAUUAAACAAGCAACUUGGUUAAAGACCCAAAAUGAAUAGAGACCGGAUUGCUCCCAAUGACCUGGGGCAGACGGCUGCAAUGUUAGAUCAUAAUGGUCAAGCUGCUCCAAAACCGAGAACCGAAUCUUCAACUCAGCCAGAUGAAUCUGGAGAUAGCCCUUCGCCGAGCGUUUCCACGACAUCAGUGGGCAAUUCAUAUCAACCAUCUCCCAGUUCUAUUGCUAGGGUGAAUACUACUCUUAGUCCUGAUAGGGAUCUGAAUCGCCUCUCUUUCUCAUCUAUCUAUUCCCUUGGACCUCCUAUUGCAACGCAUCAUGGCAACAACGGCGGCGGCUCGCCUGGCGAUGUCAGCUCUCAAAAAGGCCUUUCAGAAUACAAUACAAAAAAUUCUACUUCGGCUUAUAGCCUCAUUGAUAGCGAAGCGAAUGCCUCUCCUAAUUCUGUCUCGGAGUCUACUAGCGGCGCUCCGCCGGGAAAUGGACUACUCGCGAAUUUGAGCCAGAAUCAUCCUGUUCGGUAUGAGCCAAUACUAGACACCCGUAGCACAGGACGUGCUUCUCAGUCCGUGCAUUCUUCUGGAAGGAUUACAAGGAGACUAAGCGGAAGCACAGCUGCUAGCUCAAUUAGCGAAUUGGAGCCUUCGGCAUCAAUAUCAGGAAAGAUUGGUGUAUGUGCUUUGGAUGUGAAAGCUCGCAGCAAACCAAGCCAAAACAUUCUGACCCGCCUUCAAUCAAAAGGCGAUUUCGAAGUAAUCGUAUUUGGUGACAAGGUCAUUCUUGAUGAGGCUGUUGAAAAUUGGCCUGUCUGUGACUUUCUUAUCGCCUUCUUCUCUGAUGGGUUUCCCUUGGACAAAGCGAUUGCAUACAUGAAAUUAAGAAAGCCCUUUUGCGUCAAUGACUUGCCAAUGCAGAAGGUCUUAUGGGAUCGACGGCUUUGUCUAAAAAUCCUUGACCAUAUGGGCGUUCCAACACCAAAAAGACUUGAAGUCAAUCGUGACGGCGGGCCGACAUUGGAAUCCCCUGAGCUUGCUCAACAUGUAUAUCGUCUGACUGGGGUCAAACUCGACGGUCCUGAUGAUGGAACAGGAGGCGGUGCACCAAAAUCUGGAACUGUCACCUUGUCAGAGGAUGGAGAGGCUCUGCUCGUCGAUGGAAAGGUCUUCAAAAAGCCGUUUGUUGAGAAACCUGUGAACGGCGAGGACCACAAUAUCCAUAUUUAUUUCCCGAACGACAAUCAGUAUGGGGGUGGCGGCAGAAGGCUCUUUCGGAAAGUUGGCAAUAAAAGCUCUGAAUAUGAUCCUGAGCUUGUGGUUCCUCGUUCUGUGACAGAACCGGGCACCAGCUAUCUCUAUGAGCAAUUCCUGAGGGUUGACAAUGCUGAAGAUGUGAAAGCUUACACAGUUGGCCCGGACUUCUGCCAUGCAGAAACCCGCAAGUCCCCCGUUGUCGACGGGCUAGUCCGGCGGAACACCCAUGGCAAAGAGCUAAGAUACAUAACCCAGCUUAGCAAAGAAGAAGCAGCAAUGGCUACGAAGAUUUCUAACGGCUUUGGCCAACGAAUCUGUGGCUUUGAUAUGCUUCGAGUUGGGGAUAGAAGCUACGUCAUUGACGUGAAUGGUUGGAGUUUUGUCAAAGACAACAACGAUUAUUAUGACAAGUGUGCCAACAUUCUACGGGAUAUGUUCUUGAAUGAGAAACGUAGGCGAGAUGGCUCCGAGCCCUCCGAGCCCCCAUCUCCAGAUCCCGGGCACUCGAGAAAGAGUACUGCUGGAUCUCAUAGACAUGCCCUGAAAACCUUACUCAAAUCACCAAGCACCUCAAGGCUACACAACAGUCAGAACAUCCACAAAACUUAUGAUAUGGGAAGUCUCGAUGCUGGGAAUGCUACCGAAUCCUCGCCUGCUUCGUCGGGCUUUGAAAACGCGGAGCAUCUCAGUAGUGCCGGAAGUUUGCACUCUGCAGAAAGCGGCCGAACCUCCCGUGCCUAUAGCCUGGCAAAUACAAAGCCUCCAGCCGUGCUAGCAGAAGUCCCUAUCGAAGGUCCCCCACCGGCAAUACCACCGCCUGCUUCCAAGCAUUCAUGGAAGCUUAAAGGUAUGGUUGCAGUGAUUCGCCAUGCAGAUCGCACACCAAAGCAAAAGUUCAAGUUUACGUUCCACAGCCAACCGUUCGUGGAUCUGCUCAAGGGACACCAAGAAGAGGUUGUAAUUAAAGGAGAGGCCGCUCUAACCAGUGUUUCUGAGGCAGUUCAGGUGGCAAUGGACCAGGGGCUCGAGGAUUUGGAUAAGCUAAAAUUGCUUCGCACAUCGUUGGAGAAAAAAGGAAGCUGGCCAGGUACCAAAGUUCAAAUCAAGCCCAUGUUUCGCAAACGAAAGCCACAGGAAAUGGAGGGGCGUGCACCCCUGCCUCCUAACACACCUCCUACUGAACCACAUCUCGAAGAACCUGUCUCACCAAUUGCUGGGGAAACAAUGUCAGAUGGUGAGCGUCUGAGCAGAUCACAAACACGAAGUGACUCGGUAUCGGGCGCUACUUUCUCCAGGUUUUCAGCUGUUGAGAAUGAUCUUGUAUUGGAUAAACUGCAGCUUGUGAUUAAAUGGGGCGGAGAACCUACUCAUGCUGCACGCUAUCAAUCUCAGGAUCUUGGCUUGAACAUGCGAGAUGACUUAAAACUUAUGAAUAGAGAAGCACUGAACAACGUACGAAUUUUUACGAGCUCGGAAAGAAGGGUGAGCACUAGCGCACAAAUAUGGGCUUGUUCGUUUCUCGACCAAAAGGAUAUGCCAGAAGAUUUUAUCCAAGUGCGCAAAGAUCUUCUCGACGACUCAAAUGCAGCUAAGGAUGUGAUGGACAAGGUGAAGAAGAAGCUGAAAUUGCUCUUACGAGAAGGUUCCGCACCUUCCCAGUUCGCAUGGCCAAAGGAUAAUGUUCCUGAGCCUUCAGUUGUGCUUGCGACCGUCGUGGAGCUGAUGAAAUUUCACCGACGUGUAAUGAGGUUUAAUUUCCAAAAACUUGACUGCCCUACUGGUAGUCUUAACUCACCAGAUCGGAUGUCAGAUCAGCCCAGCUCUCAAAGUCACUCGGCGUCUUCAAACCAAAAACCUCCCACGGCUCCUAUCCAAGGUCGAUGGUGUGCUGGUGAGGAUCCAAGCCUAUUCAAAGAACGCUGGGAGAAGCUCUUUGCCGAGUUCUGUGAUACAGAAAAGGUCGAUCCUAGUAAGCUGUCUGAGCUUUACGACAGUAUGAAAUUCGAUGCCCUACAUAAUCGUCAGUUUUUGGAAUGGGUUUUUCUUCCUCCAGAUGACUUUGACAUGUCCAACUCAAAAGAUCAAGUUGCGAAUGACACUAUUGGAGAUAGCAAGAGCACUGAAACUAGCAGCCAUGAGAGAACAGACGACAGAACAGAUAAUAAUCAAACUUUUGCUCAUCGACUUGGACUGAAAAAACGCAUCUAUGCGCUUCAGUCAAUACCUCACCUUAGAGCCUUUGACGAGUCCUACGACCAUUAUUUCAAACUCUAUCCUGGCUCUACCCCAACGAAGCCCAAGUUGGAUGAACGGCUCUCCAAGCUGAGAGAGUUAUACAAGUUAGCAAAGGUCCUCUUUGACUACGUGACACCUCAAGAAUACGGUAUCACAGACAGUGAAAAACUUGAGAUCGGACUCUUGACAUCUCUUCCGCUCCUCCGAGAAAUUGUGAUGGACCUUGAAGAGGUUCAGGCCUCUUCGGAUGCAAAGUCUUUUUUUUACUUUACAAAAGAGUCUCAUAUUUACACGCUUCUCAACUGCAUUCUCGAGGGCGGUAUACAAACCAAGAUUGCAAGAAGCGCCAUUCCAGAGCUGGACUACUUGUCACAGAUUUGUUUUGAGCUUUAUGAAGCAAAGGACAGCGAAUCUUCAACAAACUCCUAUUCGAUCCGCAUAUCCAUCAGUCCUGGCUGCCAUGCUUUUGAUCCACUCGAUGUGCAGUUAGACUCCAGGCAUGCGAUCGGCUGUGCUCCUAGAAGGAGUCUCACGGCUCACCAUGAUUGGAAGGAAGUUCUUGAAACUCUCAAGGCCAAAUUUGAUACUGUAAAACUUCCAAAAUCCUUCAUUGCAGUGAACUUGAGUGACAAACAUAUCCCAAAACAUUGAGCAACCUACGCUAUUACCUCUCCAGUGGAUGUCAAAUCAGUAUGCAAUAGGUUCAAUAGAAGAAGGCAGACGGCAUCACAACCUUUCAAAAUAUGCACUUUUAUGUAUUCCCUAGUUCUAAUUGGGGUCUAUGGUAUUGAAAGAUCACUACAUCCUGCUAGUUUCUGGGACUGAGUGGUGUCUGCUAGAAUACCUUUCCUUUAUCAUUGUGUUUCUAGUAUUUUAUUGUAGAGGAUUCUGCUGGAGGUAUCAUACAACCACCUAGGAUCUAGCUCAUUAGAACUACCUGUGCCUUUUCAGGUU